CGACUGUCUGACAAGUGGAUCCAAGAUGGCGUAGAAAGUAACGCUAGUCAUGGCAGACAGGAGAGCGGAGAAGUCAUGUGAAGAAGCCAGUAGAUCGUUAAGCAGGCAUGAGUAUGAGGCCACAGUCAACCACACCACAGAGGCCUUGGUGGUCCUUGCACCGGAAGUCCAGUCUCCUAGUGCCCCUGGUUCUCCAAACACUCCAUCGCUAGCUUUUUCCUCUGGUUCCCUACGCAGCCGUGCUCUUCUUUAUCGCAUAGCUGCCUUUCUUCAACUAAAAAACUAUGAUGAAGCAGAUGAAGAUUGCAAAAAUGUUCUGGCAGAGGAGAUUGCACGGGGAGACGGUGCACUACAAGCCAGCUUACGUUCAAUGGUGUUGGAUGGCAGCCUGCAGGAGGUGGCAACCAUCCUUUCUAAAACCUUGUUUGGAGAGCCAAUGAAUGGAAUUAUUGCAAAAGAUGUGUCCCGGUUAAAAAUGCUCCUCUCUCAAAUAGAGGCUGUGAAACGAGAGAUGGCGCCUGAAUUCAUGGAAGAUCAAGAGGAAGAAGUCCAGGAUGGCUGGCAGUUCCGUCCUCCCCCUCGUGGAGUCACGAGCAGCGAGGAGUACACACUUUGUAAAAGAUAUUUGGAGCAGGGAUUGUGUCGAUAUGGUGCUCAAUGUACGUCUGCCCAUUCUCAAGAAGAGCUGAUGGAGUGGCAGAAGCGUUAUGCUUCUCGUCUUAUCCGCCUCAAGCAGCAACAGGAAAGCAAACACUUUACAGAGAACUACAUUGAAGCCCUGAUAGAAAAGUGGAUGAAUUCCCUCUCCCCUGAAAAAGUGCUAAGUGACUGUCUUGACGGAGUACAAGUAGAAACCAGCUCCAGCCUGUCGGUGACUGUCUCCACCAAAAAAUCUGUCCACUCCUGGACCUUCUCAUUGUCAUGCAAGCCUGCUAGAAAGCUCUAUCGCAUCGCCCUGCUGUAUGACGCUCAUCGGCCACACUUUUUCAUCACUGGAGUGUCUUCUGGGGAGCAGCUUCAGGCUCUCCCAGAUGGCUGCCAGGAGUGGACCUCUGGAGAGGAGACGGCAGCUGACAAUGGAAUGGACCACUGUGUCUACAAGGUCACUGUUGGCUUCAGCACAGAAAUCUUUGGUACCUUCCGGCAAACUGUAGUUUUUGACUUUGGCUCAGAGCCAGUGCUUAUGCAAAGGAUAAUGGUGGAUGCGGCUUCAAUUGAAGACCUUGAGCACCUGAUGGCGGCCAGGCAGCAACUUCUGAUCUCUGCCAAACGUUGGGACUCUUCUUGCAAGACCAUAGUAGAAUUCUGUCCUAAUGAGACCAUGGCUGAGUUGGAGCGUAGCCUUUUGUGCAGGUAUCAAAUUCCUCUGUCAGCUGACCAACUCUUCACCCAGUCAGUGCUGGACAAGACUCUGACCAAAGAAAACUACCAGGCCCGCCUGCAUGACCUCCUCUACAUAGAGGAGAUUGCGCAGUACAAGGAAGUUAGCAAGUUCAACAUCAAAGUGAAUCUACAAUUGGUCAAUAGUUUCAUGCUGACUGGGAUUUCAGUUGGGGCCAAGUAUGCUGUGAACGGACAGCUCUUCGCUCGCUUCAAACUCACAGAAACUCUGUCUGAGGACACAUUGGCUGGACGCCUCGUCAUGACCAAGGUGAAUUCUGUCCUUUUGCUGCCUUUGGGCCGCAAAGGAUUUGGCUGCCAGCCACCUCCUGGGGUCAAAGAGCGGGUUUAUGAAGCGGUAAUUGAGGAGAAGACCAAGGAUUAUAUCUUUUUGAGGAUCUGCAAGGAUUGCUGUGAAGAACUUUGCCUACAGCCUGACAGAGAGUUGCAGGUGGAGCUCCAGUUCCAACUGAACAGAUUGCCACUGUGUGAGAUGCACUAUGCUCUUGAUCGCAUUAAGGAGAACUCCAUCCUUUUCCCUGAUGUCAGCCUUGUUCCCACCAUACCUUGGAGUCCCAACAGACAAUGGGAUGAGCAGCUGGAUCCCCGUCUUAAUGCGAAGCAGAAAGAGGCCAUCCUUGCCAUCACCACCCCAAUCUCCAUUUCUCUCCCACCAAUUCUCAUUAUUGGUCCUUACGGCACUGGCAAGACUUUCACUUUGGCACAGGCUGUGAAGCACAUUCUCCGUCAAGAACACAGCAGGGUCUUGAUCUGCACCCACUCCAACAGCGCGGCAGACCUGUACAUCAAGGACUACCUUCAUCCUUAUGUUGAAUCGGGUAAUCCACACGCCAGACCUCUCAGGGUAUACUUUCGAAACCGCUGGGUAAAGACAGUCCACCCAGUGGUCCAGCAGUACUGUUUAAUCUCCAGCACGCAUGUCAAUUUCCAAAUGCCAACAAAGGAGGACAUUCUCCGACACCGUGUGGUGGUGGUCACCCUUAGUACCUCCCAGUACCUCUGUCAGCUUGACCUGGAGCCGGGGUUCUUUACCCAUAUCCUGUUGGAUGAAGCAGCCCAAGCCAUGGAGUGUGAAACCAUCAUGCCUUUUGCUCUUGCUAACAAGACCACCCGCAUUGUCUUGGCUGGAGAUCAUAUGCAGCUCAGUCCAUUUGUGUACAGUGAGUUUGCCCGGGAACGCAACCUUCACGCAUCACUAUUGGAUCGACUAUAUGAGCACUAUCCUCCUGAGUUCCCCUGUCGAAUCCUCCUGUGUGAAAACUACCGCUCUCAUGAAGCUAUCAUCAACUACACUUCAGAGUUGUUUUAUGAUGGGAAGCUCAUGGCAAGUGGAAAACAGCCCUCUCACAAAGAUUUUUACCCUCUGACCUUCUUCACUGCCCGAGGUGAAGAUGUUCAGGAGAAGAACAGCACUGCCUACUACAACAAUGCAGAGGUGUUUGAAAUUGUUGAACGUGUGGAGGAGUUGCGCAAGAAAUGGCCUGUCUCUUGGGGCAAGUUGGAUGAAGGCAGCAUUGGGGUGGUUUCUCCCUAUGCCGACCAGGUGUUCCGCAUUCGAGCUGAGCUCAGGAAGAAGAGAAUGCACGAGAUCAGUGUGGAAAGAGUGCUCAAUGUCCAAGGUAAACAGUUCAGAGUUCUGUUUCUUAGCACGGUGCGGACACGCCAUACCUGCAAGCACAAGCAGACAGCCAUUAAGCGCAAAGAGCAACUUGUAGAGGAUUCAACAGAAGACUUGGACUACGGAUUCCUCUCAAAUUAUAAACUUCUGAACACAGCCAUCACAAGAGCCCAGUCCCUUGUUGCAGUUGUGGGAGAUCCUAUAGCGCUGUGCUCAAUUGGACGUUGCAGGAAGUUCUGGGAGCAUUUUAUCUCAAUCUGCCAUGAAAACUCAAGUCUUCAUGGAAUCACUUUUGAGCAGAUAAAGUCUCAGCUUGAGGCGUUGGAGCUGAAAAAGACCUACGUCCUCAACCCCCUGGCUCCAGAGUUCAUCCCACGGGCUCUCAGGCCUCUGCAAAUACACCAUCCUUCAUCACAGGUGUUGCACCCCCAUCACCAGCAGCAUCAUCCGCAGACCAUCACCCACAAACAGGGUCCUCAGCAGCAACAGCAGCAAUCACCUCCCAAGGGAAAACACAACCCACAUAACCAUUCUGAUCACCUUCCACCUGAAGGAUUUGUCCAACCCAAUCCAGCUGUUCUGAUGGGCAACCCGAUUCGGGCCUUCACGCCACCUUUGGUUAGUGCACCAGCUGGCAUAGGAAAGUCACCCAGUCCGGUUCAGAGAAUAGAUCCUCACACAGGCACAGGCAUCCUCUAUGUUCCAGCGGUGUAUGGUGGCAACAUGGUCAUGUCAAUGCCCCUCCCAUUGCCUUGGACAGGAUACCAGAAUCCACGUUUUGCCGUGGAUCCUCGCAUCAUGAGUCACCCGGCAGCCAUGGCCUAUAACUUCAAUCUGUUACAAGCCCCGAACCGGGGCUCCCCAAUCCCAUACAGUGGCGUUGCUCACCCAUCCCCACUAGGAAUGUGCCAGCCCAGCCCAGAGAAGGAGCCACAUGCAGAUCCCCUCAGAAAUGGCAAAAUAGCAGAACAGGGUCGCCUUCAGACACCAGAGCGUAAAUCCACAGACCUGAAGGACAAACAGGGAGAUGUUGAUGCCGGCCAAAACCGAGGUCAAGACUUGCAAUCUGAUGGACUGGUUGGGCUAUCAAAUGCGUUACUCCACCGGAAAGACCCCACUGCCGCUCAGAGGUCCCUCAACUACCACCUGGCUCCACCAAACCCCACAAUGCCACAGCAUCUAACUGGUGGCAGAGCCUUCCCAACUCAAUAUCCAGUCUCCAGGCUUCCCUAUCGGGUUGGUCAGCCGUUACAUCCGGGGAUGGCCCAGCAGAGUCAGCAACAGCAGCAGCAGAGUCUGCAGCAGCAGCAGCAGCAGCAGCAACAACAGCUCAGUCCGGCGUAUGGUUCCAACAGCUCCAGUGCUUCAUUCUUCAGCGGCCACAUUGGCUCCCAUCGGCCCGUCCAUUCACCAACAAUGGAUGGGCCGGAGUCUGCUGGAGUAGAUGAAAUGAAUAGUUUGAGGACCCCCCUGGUCCAUCCAGUGGGUCACCAACCAAGUCUCUCACAACACAAUCGAAUCAACAGCUUUGGGGAAGAAGGACAGGAUGGUGCUCUGGCUGACUGCCUGGAGCUUCAAGGACCCUUGGCACUUGAGGCAUUGAACCAGCAACAGCAGACAGCCAGAAUGGGGCAGUGGGGAGAAGCAGCAAGCUCCUUCCUCCAAGGUGGCGUGGCCUUCCCAGUGCCUCAACAGAUCGCCCACCUCGCUCAGCCAGGCAUGGCUCGCUUCCCCCCUCAGCUCUUCAGAGCCACUAGUUGGGGUCUGGGUGCCAAUAUGGAGGAUGAAGUCAGCCCCUCUGCCAACACUGGGCCGCCUUUCACCAGGUACACGGGCCUCUUGAGAGAGAUGCCACUGCAGGAGCAGCCAGGACCCAGGGAUGUGACUGAGCUGCAGCCCCCACCUCAAUCUCGGCUGCUUCAGUAUCGCCAAUCCCGAAACCCUGGUGACCCCUCGUCUGCUUUAGAUGCCGCUACAAACCUCGAGAGUCCUUUCCCAUCAGGGCAAUACUCCCACGACAUGGUUCGGGAUUUCCUCAAUAACAACAUGCAUGGCAGUUCAUCCCUUCAGCAGAACCAUGGCGGAGGUCCGCUCUUUAACACUGGUAGCUACACCAACCAGCCAGCAGCCCAGCCGGCCAGCCCCCCUUCCUCCCAGGUCAAAUUCCUUCUGCAGGAGGGCCAGUGGUCCCAGACUGGAGGCCCCCCUGUCACACCCCCACACCAGAACCACCUUUUGGGGAACCAAGGCCAUGGCCUUCCCUAUGGGAUGGCAAUUAUGGGUCACCCUAGUAGGCAGGAGCAAGUACGCUUGAUGCAACUUCACCACCACCACCACCACCACCAUCAGCAGCAGCAGCAGCAGCAUCAACAACAACAGCAGCAGCAGCAACAUCAGCAACAGCAGCAGCAACAUCAGCAACAGCAGUCUCAAGAGCAAGACGUGGAGUCAUACAACUCGCUGUCCCCCAGAACAUCCACAGCUCCUGCCGUCCACAGUCAAGACGAGUAUGAACCUCGAGGUCCUGGCAGGCCCCUGUACCAGCGCAGCAUUUCCUCCUACUACCCAGAUGAAAUGUCUCCAUCCAACGCCCACGUUGCUCAGUCUCUGCCCCGAACUUCAGAGCCGCAAGACCAUCCUCAUCCUCACAUGCAGCAGCAGCAGCAGCAGUCACAUGUUCCUUACGGCUACUCUUCCAAUGACAUGUGGCCCGCCAACGGCGGAGGUCACGGCCCAUUUCGGAACAUGCCCUGUAAUGGAGCCAGUACGAUUCCCCAGCCUCGAGAACUUCUUGCGGCGAAAGUUCUACGUCAGACAGAAGAGAAGGUGAAGGCCGAGUCGACGGUGUCGCAGCAAACACACCCACACACGCUGAACUCCCUCCAGCACCUUGGACAGUUCCCUCCGCUUAUGGCCAAUAGCAAACCGCAGCAGCAACAGCACCCGCCGCCGCCGCCACCGCCACCGCCGCCACCACCACCACCACCACCACAGGCUCCCAUGGAGCCGGGCCAGAGGGCUCCUCAUUUAAAUAAACCUCCUACUAUGUCCUAUGCUAGCGCUCUUCGGGCUCCACCAAAACCCAGAGCUAUUCGCCCUGAACAGGCUAAGAAGAACAGUGACCCGCUCUCUCUGCUGCAGGAGCUGAGCAUAAGUUCAGAUGCUGGUAACGGUUACUAUUCUUAUUUCAAAUGAAUCUCCUUUAGCAUAUAAGUGUUUAAAAAAAGUAUAAAAAUUGCAAAACUGUACACAAAAAGACAAAAAUAGUGAUAAGUGCAUUCAAAUUGUUUCUAUUGGUAGGUUUGUUUUGCCUUUUGUUCAUUUUUAACUCUUUAUUUGUAACAGUGAAGUUUCUUUUCUCACAUAUCUGUGAAGAAAUGCAUAUAUACAGUGAAUGCAUUACUGCAACAUACAUACACAUGUAUAUAUGAAUAUAUACUUAUAGUAUUUACACUUGUAUAUGGACGUAAUGCAAAAAAGACAAAAAAAAACAAAAUAAAAAUUAGGAUUAAAAAAAACAGACUUGGUUGACCACUUAGCUUUCUGUAUAUUUUUUUUUUUACCUUGCAGAAGUUACUUGAUUUUAAAUGUUUUGUUUUCAGCAGCGGUUUCAUCCUGGUUCAUCCAAAUGUUGGUGGUAACAGCCAGGAGCUAAGUGGUCAGCUGACAGACUUUACAGUGUAUAGAAGCAGAUCUUUUUUUUUCCUCUUAUCUGUACGGAAAAUAAAUGAGUAAGUCACAUGCCACAGACCUCCUCCUCCUCCUCGGCUAAUCUGAAUCAUUACUGCAUCUGCCCCCCUUUUAACUUGUCAAUGUUCGACCUUGUACCCUGAAAUUAUCUUCCAAAUGUGAAUAAGAAUACUUUCUUUCACUGAUACUUUUUGGGAGGAAAGAGUGCCGGAGUUAUUAUUUAGUAUCGAAGAUUGUUUAUGUGGAGGUCCAGAAGAGAGGGAAAUAGUUGUUGUCGUCUUUGUUUUUUCACCGGAGCCCGUCAUAAAACAGCAGAAAAAACAUUGAUAAUUGUUACUAUUUUUCUGCGGCGAGGUCUGAAUAAAGGUUUGAGGAAGUGGGAAAGGCACAGUGAGGUCAGGUUUGGUACGAAUCUUAUGAACAUGCUCAUGCACUUUUGGUUAAAUCCAUAGCUACUUUGUUAGAUUUUUUUUUUUUCUCUCUGUGAUGUCAUUUGUUCAUAACCCUCUCACCUCCAUGUCGUUCAUUUGUAGUUUAACCAAUUAUGCCAGAACCAGCGGUUGACGUGGCUCAGUAUUUGCGUGUGAAAUGAAGGAGGUAGUCACUUGUAAUAAAUAAUGCAGCAGUACGUCUUCAAGAUGGAAAAGAACUAGCUCUGUCCGUGCCUUCUAUCCUGCUUUUUUUUUCAUGUUGUUUUCCAAAAAGCGUAGGAACACAGGGCUUCAUUCCACCCAGCAUCUUGCUUGUUAACUUCGCCAGUGAAAGUAACAAAGGCUCCGACUGUAAAUGCAACCGACUCGCACAGUUCCAAACACACUGGCCCCCAAAUGUCCUUGUUAUUGAAGAAGUUAUUCAAAUGGAUAGUCUAUUGUAAUUUUAAACUCCAGAUUUUUCCUUUUAACUUGGCAGAGAACCUCAUAUAUUUGUAAAUAGACAUUUUCUAGAUAUUUACACACCCGAAUUUUAGGAGCGCCUCGAUUUUUGUAGGAGCUCUUCAAAGUAGAUCCUUUUUAAUUAUGCAAAACAAAAAUUGCACGCAACAAAGUAUUCAAUAGUUGCGAUCAUGUACAACUUUUUUUUUUUUUUUUUGCGGAUAGCGUUGUCUCUGUUGCACAAUUUAAUCUAUAUAUUGAAAGUAUCGUUGCUGGAUUUGUCCUCUUCUAGUACCCAUUGGUAGUUAUCCUACAAUCAUGUUUUUCCCCCCAUUUUAUUUUUGGUGUUUUAUGCGAAGACUCUUCUCGUGCAUGAUUUUGAAUCCCUGUUUUUAUCUGUUUGUAUGAAUUUGUGGAUGAAAAAAAAAGCUUUUGUUCAACCUACAGAGUCUAAUAUUUUAUUGGAUGUGUAUAACUGGUGACUAUCAAUUAUGAUCUUUUACUAACACGUCAGUCCACUGCGUAAUGGUUAUGUCUGUUCUCCCUGUAUUCGUGCACAGGGCUGAAACUGAAGUUGCUCCCACGUCUGUGUCAUGUUUCCCAGUUGUUUCUGAGGGGAUGAAACGGCGGCUAAUCUCUGAAGUUGUGCAAUACUAAUAGUUAACUGCUUGUUUUGUUUGUUUAUCUAAUGGCAGAGGAGAUUCAGCCGAAAUAUUUAAAGGGAUUUUAGACAUUUUCAGCCUUUACAUUUUUACUCCCUUCAUGGAAAAACCUAUGUAUUUGAGAUUUUUAGAACCUGUUUUAGUGGCACACGCAAAGGGAGUAACCUGCCCAGCCAGUAGAGAGCGCUGUGUUCGGCCACGUCUCCUGUCUCUCCUCUUCCCCGCAGCGGUGCAUCCUCCCUCACACCCAUUGGUUCCUCCCUUGUGGACACAAGAAGAUUCAUAGAUCUGUUUUACUCUUCAUUUCAAUCAAUGGUGGUCGAAAAGUUUUUAAACUGUGUUUUAAAGUUUUCCUUUCUUUUUUUUUAUUUGUUUCUCUAUUAAAGUGUUUUUAUUGAAUUUGUUGUACGAGUGCUCAAUGCAGUAUGGAAUAUUAAUGUGGAACAUGAUGAGUGCCAUAAUUCAGAAAGAAUGUAGGAAUGUUGAUUGAAAAUGUAGAUUUGAGACAUUAUUUUUAACUUAAUUUUCAUCAUUCAGGUUUAUUUUCCCCUAUGUAUUUCUAAAUGAUUAAUUUGAGUCCGUAUUUGUAUUAUAAUUGUGAUUUUGGGAUGUUUGUCCAACCGACUGUAGAUUGACAGUGACACUUUAAAUGGCUACUGAAUGUGUUGAAGUGCACUUUUGGCUUGGACUCCUGCAAUGUAACAAAGAUGGCACUUACCGUGAUCUAAGUAAAUUCUGCCUUUUUUUUUUUGGUCCAAAAUACCUCCCAUACAGCUGUAAGAAAU